AUGAAAGUCCUCCUAACAGGCGCGACUGGCACCAUCGGCGGCGGAGCACUAAGAGCAUGUCUCGCGCAUCCACAGAUCACAAAGGUCGUCGCAUUCGUGCGCCGUGCUCUUCCAGAAGAUAUUUCCUCGAAUUCAAAGCUCGAAACGGCCAUCGUCGAAGAUUUUUCGACGUGGUCGGAUGAUUUGCUAGAUCAGCAUAUGGAUGCCGCGGCUAUGAUUUGGGGCCUUGGCUCGUUGAGUCCUACGCACAACGUAGACGUGGAGUAUCCACUAGCUUUCCAGGAAGCGUUCAUCAAACGACGCAGCCAGCAACAAACUCCAGCGAAUUUCCGUUAUGUCCAUGUGAGCGGCAAAUUUGUGGAACAAGAUCCAGAAAGGAAAUUGUAUUUCCUGGAUGCACAGCGGAAAACAAAGGGAUUGCACGACACCAGGGCUAUCGCGUUAGCUGAUCAGACUGACCCAUGGUGGAAGUUAAUCAUUGUUCGGCCUGGAGGUGUUCUACCUGACGGUUUCGCGGCGGGUAUGCUGGUUGCUGCCAUGGGAAGGAAUUGGGCGAUUAAUGUGGGUACGCUUGGCGCUUAUUUGGCUUAUGUUGCUGUUGGGGGAGAUGUUGAUGGGACUAUUGUUCUCAAUGGGAGUAUUGUGAUGAAGGGGAGGGAGUUGCUGAAGGGGUUCUAG